GGCGGCGGUGCCCGGCGGGGAGGGGGUCCGGAGUGGGCCGCCGGACCCAAAACUGAGUGGGGGGGCCUCAGGGAGUCCCCUCGCCGGGAUCUUGGCGGCCUGAUGGAGUAGGAGGGGUCGGCUGUGAGUGUGUGACGUUGAGUGCUUCAGAUCUGGUCACUAUGGUACGAGAACGAAAAUGCAUAUUGUGCCACAUUGUGUACACCUCAAAAAAGAUUGGAGGGAGAUGGGAACUAGAGAAGAUGUGAGAAGGAUAGGCAGACACUCAGGAGAUGGACGAACACAUGCGGAGCAUGUUGCAUCACAGGGAGCUUGAGAACCUGAAGGGCAGGGACAGUAGUCAUGAGUGCCGAGUGUGCGGGGUCACAGAAGUGGGUCUUUCUGCAUAUGCAAAGCACAUUUCUAGCCAGUUGCACAAAGAUAACGUUGAUGCCCAAGAGAGAGAAGAUGAUGGAAAGGGAGAAGAAGAGGAAGAAGAUUAUUUUGACAAGGAACUCGUUCAGUUAAUAAAACAAAGGAAAGAACAAAGUCGACAAGAUGAACCUUCCAACAGCAGCCAAGAAAUAAACUCUGAUGACAGGCGACCCCAAUGGAGACGAGAAGACCGAAUCCCUUACCAAGACAGAGAGAGCUACAGUCAGCCAACAUGGCAUCAUCGCGGACCUCCUCAGCGAGACUGGAAGUGGGAGAAAGAUGGCUUUAAUAAUAGUAGGAAAAACAACUUUCCACAUUCUUUGAGGAAUAAUGGUGGACCAAGAGGAUGUUCCGGGUGGCAUAAGGGUGUUGCAGGAGGCUCCGCGACUUGGUUUCACAACCAUAGUAAUUCUGGAGGUGGUUGGCAUGCAAAUAGUGGAACAGUAGAUUGGAAUCAUAGUGGUACAGGAAGGAAUUCCAGUUGGCAUUCUGAAGGAACAGGUGGCUUUUCCAGUUGGCAUAUGAACAGCAGUAACGGAAACUGGAAAUCCAGUGUACGUAGUACAAAUAGUUGGAAUUACAGUGGCCCCGGAGACAAAUUUCAGCCAGGCAGAAACAGAAACUCUAACUGUCAGAUGGAAGACUUACCUAUGCUGUGGAAUAAGAAAUCUAAGUCUAACAAAUACAGUCAGGAUAGAUACAGUUGGCAGCGGCAAGAAAGCGACAAAGUUGGUGUGGCUGCCACAUACAGAGGGCCUUCUGAAGGAUUUACAAGCGAUACAUUUCCUUCAGAAGGCUUACUUGACUUCAAUUUUGAGCAGCUAGAAAGCAAAACUACUAAACAAACAGAUACCAUAGCUUCCAAAACUGGUGGGAAGAACAGCAGUGUAGCAAGGGAAAAGCUCCGCCGCUGGACUCCUUACCCUUCCCAGAAGACUCUGGAUUUACAAUCCGCAAUGAAAGAAGGCGCUGGAAACAAGGCAGAAAUGAUAGAUAAGCCUUUCUUUGGCUUUAGCUUGACAACCACAGGAGCAGCAGAGCCCCAGAAUGAUGGAAAAAGUAACUCCCCGACGCUGAAAACACAAAAAGAAACACAUACUGGAUUGCUUAGUCACAAAGCCCCUUCUGACUGCACUGCUCCCUAUGAGGCGGUGAGAGAUUGCCCCGUCACAGAGAAACACGAACAAGAGCUUAACUUAAGUAAGAUGCCCUCGUUGAAAUCUGCACUCCUUCCAAUUCCAGUCACUAAAUCAGUUCCCCAGAACCCAGAUUUAAAGAAUCCCUCAAAAAACACCAAAACAAAUUCUUUUUUUCCUGGAGAACACUCAAAUCCCUUGAACAAACCCACUGUGGCAGACAGUCAUGGGUCUUACAUAACCAAAUUGCAAAGUGCAUGUCCUCGUGUUUUAAAAGGGAAUAAAAGUACAUUUGGCACUCAGGUGGAACCUGAUAAAAAUGUAAGUGAUACAUUACAAAAAGCCAAAGAGGUGCUACAGUGUCAUGAAUCACUGCAAAAUCCACUCCUUAGCACUUCUAAAAGGACCAGGAACUAUGCAAAAGCAAGUAGGAAUGUAGAAGAGUCUGAAAAAGGAUCUUUGAAGAUAGAGUUCCAGGUACGCACAUUAGAAGAUGAAAGUGAUGGGGAGCUAUCUGACACAGAAAAGCAUGGAACAAAAAUUGGAGCCCUGGGUUCUGCACCUACAGAAAUUUUAUCCUGUAGCACUCACAUCACUGAUGAGAAAGACGGGGAUGAGCAAAACCUGAAAACAUGUAGAAAACUAUCCACUAACGCAUGUAAUUCAACAGUUCAUCAGAAAGAACCUGAGUUACAAAUGACGUCUGCAGCCAGUCCACACUCUGGCUUACUGCUAGACUUGAAAACUUCUCUAGAAGAUGCACAGGUUGAUGACCCUGUUAAAUCUCAUGUGUCUUACGCAACAGAAGGUUUCGAGAGUGCUAGCUUGGAUGCAGAGCUUCAAAAAAACGAUAUCGGUCCGUCCUCAGGCCCUCUUCUGCCUGACCUCAGUAAGCUUGGCUUUCCUGCCUCUCUCCAGAGAGAUCUAACCAGGCACAUCAGUUUAAAGAGCAAAACUGGAGUGCACCUUCCUGAGCCAAACCUCAAUAGUGCUCGCCGCAUACGCAAUAUCAGUGGUCAUCGAAAGGGUGAGACGGAGAAGGAGUCUGGGCUCAAGCCAACCCUUCGGCAGAUUCUAAAUGCAUCCCGGAGAAAUGUCAACUGGGAACAGGUCAUCCAGCAAGUAACCAAGAAAAAGCAAGAGCUAGGCAAAGGCUUGCCCAGGUUUGGCAUAGAAAUGGUGCCUCUAGUUCAAAAUGAACAAGAGGUGUUGGAUUUGGAUGAGGAGCCUGAUCUGUCUAGUCUCGAAGGAUUCCAUUGGGAAGGUGUUUCCCUUUCUCCUGGGUUGGCAAGGAAGCGAAGCCUUUCUGAGAGCAGUGUGAUCAUGGACAGGGCUCCUUCUGUGUAUAGCUUCUUCAGUGAGGAAGGUACAGGCAAAGAAAAUGAGCCCCAGCAGAUGUUUUCACCUAGUAACGCACUGAGGGCUGCACAGAGUCAGACAACAACCAUGGGCCUUAAGCAGGAAGUGACCCCUCUGGCUCUCUCCCUAAGAACAGGUGAAAGGGCUGAAAAUGUUGCUACUCAAAGGCGACAUAGUGUGCAAUUAUCCUCUGACCGUUCGAUACCUUUGAUGCAUUUGGCAAAAGACCUGAACAGCCAGGAGAGUUCUACGCCAACUUCAGAGAAUCAGAAUACCCAGGAGAGUAAUGGAGAAGGAAACUCUUUAUCAUCAAAUGCAUCCUCAGCCCUUGCAAUCUCCAGUCUGGCAGAUGCAGCCACAGACAGUAGCUGUACUUCUGGUGCCGAACAAAACGACGGCCAGAGUGUUAGAAAGAAACGAAGAGCUACCGGAGAUGGAUCUUCUCCUGAACUCCCAAGUCUUGAGAGAAAAAACAAAAGAAGGAAAAUUAAAGGAAAGAAAGAACGUUCUCAGGUUGACCAGCUGCUGAGUAUUUCUUUAAGGGAGGAAGAACUAAGCAAAUCAUUGCAGUGCAUGGAUAACAACCUUCUGCAAGCCCGUACAGCUCUUCAGACAGCUUAUGUUGAAGUUCAGAGGCUACUUAUGCUCAAGCAGCAGAUAACUAUGGAGAUGAGUGCACUGCGGACCCAUAGAAUACAGAUUCUGCAGGGAUUACAAGAAACAUAUGAACCUUCUGAGCGCCCUGACCAGGUUCCUUAUAGCCUUUCACGAGAACAAAGGAACAGUAGAUCUCAAACAUCUGCUGAUGCCACGCUGCUGCCUACUCCCUUUUUCCCAGUAUUUCUGGAGCCUCCAUCUUCCCAUGUGUCUCCAUCAUCCACCGGAGUCCCUCUCCAAGUAACCACAUCUCCUACUUUCCAAGCCCAUGGCAGUGUUCCUGCUCCAGACUCCUCAGUUCAGAUUAAACAAGAACCCAUGUCUCCUGAGCAAGACGAGAAUGUGAACGCUGUGUCACAAGGCUCUGCUGGCAAUGUGUCCAAGGAAUUACCGCAAGUUAAUAGAGAGAACAGUGACAGUUAUCCAGUUUAUCCAGUCAUCCCUGCAGCAUUAUCUUUAUCAGAGCUAACAGAAAGUUUCCAUGAGCCUAGCCAAGAACUGAAGUUUUCCACGGAACAAGGAAAUACCAGAAACAGAGAUAAUACUGCCUCUUCCCAACCAACUGGUCUUCCAAGCCUGAAUAAAGAAGAUGAGCCAAUCAAAGGCAACAGUGGGUCUGAGGCCUGUACCAGUUCUUUCCCAAGAUUGUCCUUUGCUUCCGAAACCCCCUUAGAGAAAGAGCCCCACUCUGCAGCUGACCAGCCCGAGCAGCAGGCAGAGUCUACUCUGACAUCAGCUGAAGCUCGGGGAAACAAGAAAAAGAAGAAACUUAGGAAGAAGAAAACUCUUCGGGCUGCUCAUGUUCCUGAGAACAGUGACACCGAACAGGAUGUAUUUACUGCUAAACCUGUAAGGAAAGUAAAGACUGGAAAGUCAACCAAAGGGGGGAAAGUAACGACCUCCACCUGGGAAGACAGCAGGACUGGCCCAGAACAAGAGAGUGUCAGAGAUGAGCCAGAGAGUGACUCAUCUCUGGAAGUCCUAGAAAUUCCUAAUCCGCAGUUGGAAGUGGUGGCCAUUGAUUCUUCUGAAUCCGGAGAAGAGAAACCAGACAGUCCAUCUAAAAAGGAUAUUUGGAAUUCCACAGAGCAAAAUUCAUUAGAAACUUCUCGUUCUGGUUGUGAUGAAGUUAGCUCUACCAGUGAGAUUGGCACUCGUUAUAAAGAUGGUAUCCCUGUAAGUGUGGCAGAAACUCAGACUGUGAUCUCCUCCAUAAAAGGAUCAAAGAACUCUUCAGAAAUAUCUUCAGAGCCAGGAGAUGAUGAUGAGCCCACAGAAGGGAGCUUUGAGGGGCACCAAGCCGCAGUGAAUGCAAUUCAGAUAUUUGGGAACUUACUGUACACCUGUUCAGCAGAUAAAACUGUUCGAGUUUAUAAUCUGGUGAGUCGGAAGUGCAUUGGGGUCUUUGAGGGGCAUGCCUCCAAAGUGAACUGCCUCCUGGUUACCCAAACCUCUGGCAAGAAUGCUGCCCUUUACACUGGUUCCAGUGACCACACCAUUCGCUGCUAUAAUGUGAAGACGCGAGAGUGUGUGGAGCAGCUACAGCUGGAAGACCGGGUCCUCUGCCUCCAUAGUAGAUGGCGAACCCUCUAUGCAGGACUGGCAAAUGGCACCGUGGUCACCUUUAACAUAAAGAACAAUAAACGACUUGAAAUCUUUGAAUGUCAUGGCCCUCGGGCUGUCAGCUGUCUUGCCACAGCUCAGGAAGGCGCCCGAAAGCUGCUUGUUGUUGGAUCUUAUGACUGUACCAUUAGUGUCCGUGAUGCACGGAAUGGACUCCUUCUCAGGACCCUAGAGGGCCACAGCAAAACCAUUCUUUGCAUGAAGGUGGUGAAUGACCUUGUGUUCAGUGGCUCCAGCGAUCAGUCAGUCCACGCGCACAACAUUCAUACUGGUGAGCUUGUGCGGAUCUAUAAAGGUCACAAUCAUGCAGUGACUGUGGUGAAUAUCCUAGGGAAAGUGAUGGUGACUGCUUGCCUGGAUAAAUUUGUUCGUGUCUAUGAAUUACAGUCCCAUGAUCGAUUGCAAGUUUAUGGAGGACACAAAGACAUGAUUAUGUGUAUGACCAUCCAUAAAAGUAUGAUUUACACUGGCUGUUAUGAUGGCAGUAUUCAAGCUGUAAGGCUGAAUCUGAUGCAGAAUUACCGCUGUUGGUGGCAUGGUUGCUCUCUGAUAUUUGGCGUUGUGGAUCAUUUAAAACAACAUUUGCUCACUGACCAUACGAAUCCAAACUUUCAAACUCUGAAAUGUCGCUGGAAGAACUGUGAUGCCUUUUUCACCGCUAGGAAAGGGUCUAAACAGGAUGCUGCAGGACACAUUGAACGACAUGCUGAGGAUGACAGCAAAAUUGAUUCAUGAAGCUUUUUGCCUCCCAUGUUGGGAAGUUAUUAAUUGAACUAAUUUCACAUCGGCCCCUCACAGAGGCCACAAUCUUCCCUUCCCCAGAGAAGCAGGGAAGGAGAAAGUUGUUACCAGCCAGGCUUACCACUAACAUAAGUCUGGGCAGCUCUAUGGGAUGAUAGUUACACUUUAAGUUCUUACUGGAGGUUUGUCCGAUUUAAACAGAUUUUAGGGAACCAUACUUCUCUGAGACAGCAUGGAAUAUAGUCAUCUAUGCUACUAGUAUUCUCCAGAUGUUUAUUAAAAAUACAGAUCUUAAUUGGCUACUCAGUUUGACCCAUAUGAUUAAUAUGUAGUCGUUUCUUGAUUUCAGUUUGCAAGUUUUAGUUUACGUUCUUAUGAUGGUUUAAACCCAUAGUCCGGCUUUUUAAGUACAAGUUUGUUCAAAUGCUAGAUUUUUAGGAUCAGUUUUAAUUUUUUUAGUUCUAAUAACUGGGUAUUUAAAUUAGAAGCAACUAGUUUCCUUUCUUAACGAUUAUGUGCAGUGUGUUUCAAUAUCCUCUUGCUUUGUAGAUGGACAGAGCUAGCUUUAAAUCUCAAAGGGACACACAGUAGAUUAUUAACGGCUAGAGCGACUGCUCUGCUGAAAUUUUAGGAACUCAGCAGAUCACAUAAUGACAAGUCCUCACAGAUAGCACUUCCUUUCGAACCUCUGUUCAAGUUGUGAUAAGAGUACUCAGUUCAAGAUAGUGCACAGACCCAACGUCUACCUUGGAAUUUUGCUGUUAGACCCAGGCACUCACUGCUGCAGGUAUUGUCAGGCUGUUUGAACUGGAGGUGUAGAUCUCCUUUUCCAGUUUUUGACUCGCCAGUCCUGCUGUGGGUUUGCAGCCUUUUAGUUUGCUCCAUUACAAAUCCCUUUCUCCUCCACUAUCUAGCUGUGCCCAGAAUGUUGGCAGCCAACAAAUGCUUCCUCUGGGCCCCUGGGGUGCUUUCCACCCACCUGCAGCACUCAAGAAGGGGGAGUUAGGAUAAAGCAUCUGAAUACAGUCUUGAGGGGCUCAAGCAGGCUUCUUAGAGACUUAUUUCUGAACUGGUGUCUUGCCUUCACCUUCCCUGUAGCUGGCCAAGAAGAGUGGAGCAUGGUGAGGGUGAAGACGCUACUUGUCCACUGAGAGCAGACAAAUUAACAAAGCCUAGUGAGACUGCUUUGUUUCUGGAUUUUCUCUGGACUCUUGAGAGAAGCUAUAGAAGUGUUGCUUUCUAGCCUUUUGUUUCUGGAUUCUCAAAACUCUGAAAGAUUCUUCAGAGUGGUAGAAGGGAGAAGAGCUCAGUGCCACAUACCAGGCUUCGGGAUGUGACACCUGCUGUUUUCUAGGAUCGCGUAGCGUGCAGGUUUAUCUCCACCCCUUUUAGUGCACACACACACCUACUCACAUGUCUUCACUCAGGCUCUAGGGCUGGGGGACUUCAUGAAGCAUUCAUGGAUAGGUUUCAAGAGGGUAUGAAAUCGUAUGCAAGUACGUGUUCUUUUUUUCCAGGAAGAGCUCCAGGGGUUCUUACUGGAUCCAAAAAAAAAAAAAAAAAAAAAGCUAAUCUAAGAGCUAC